AUGGCAGAGGAGAAAGAGUAUGUGGCAUUUGGCUCCCUGCUCUUCAUCCUCAUCUCCAUCUCCACCUUCUGCAUGGAGACACAUGAGGCCUUCAACACCAUCACCAACAAGACUGAGACCAUCACCGUGGACAACGCGACCCAUGAGGAGAUCGUUUACGAGGUGGUGACUGACAGCUGGCUGACGUACGUUGAGGGCGUAUGUGUCAUCUGGUUUACCAUUGAGGUCCUACUGCGCGUCACCUUCUGCCCAGACAAGGCCGAGUUCUUUAAGAGCACCCUGAACAUCAUCGACUUUGUGGCCAUCUUGCCCUUCUACCUAGAAGUGGGCCUCAGCGGUCUGUCUUCCAAAGCUGCCAAGGACGUGCUGGGGUUCCUCCGCGUGGUCCGGUUUGUUCGUAUCCUCCGAAUCUUCAAGCUUACGCGCCACUUUGUUGGUCUCCGGGUUCUGGGCCACACUCUCCGUGCCAGCACCAAUGAGUUCCUCCUGCUUAUUAUUUUCUUGGCCCUCGGUGUCCUCAUCUUCGCCACAAUGAUCUACUAUGCCGAGCGAAUUGGUGCCGAUCCAGACGACCCCACAGCGAGUGCCCACACCAACUUCAAAAACAUCCCCAUCGGGUUCUGGUGGGCAGUGGUUACCAUGACCACCCUGGGAUAUGGAGACAUGUACCCGGAGACAUGGUCAGGGAUGCUGGUGGGUGCGUUGUGCGCCUUGGCUGGCGUGCUCACCAUCGCUAUGCCAGUGCCCGUCAUCGUCAACAACUUUGGUAUGUAUUACUCCCUCGCCAUGGCCAAACAGAAGCUGCCCAAGAAGAAGAACAAACAUAUACCAAGAGCGCCCCAACCCGGCUCUCCCAACUACUGCAAGCCAGAUGCCCUGGCCAUGGCUACUGCCUCACCCCAAAGGAUCCUGGGAAAUGUAUUGGGUGGGGUGAUAGGAUCUGGUGGCAUAGGUGGUGACUGCCCUCUCGCCCAGGAGGAAAUCAUUGAGAUCAACAGAGACUCCAAGCAGAACGGUGAUGCAGCCUCGGCCGCCCUGGCCAACGAGGACUGCCCCACCAUCGACCAGGUGCUGAGCCCGGACGAGAGGAGCCCCGCCGGGCGAGGGGGCGUCACCCGGGAACGCUACCAGCAGGAUCGCGCCUGCUUCCUGCUCAACACCAGGGAAUUCCGAGCCACAGAUGGGAAUGUGCGGAAAGGGGCAGCAGCCCUGGCAGCCAGUCCAGAAUCCCCCUUGACGGAGGAUUGGUUAAAGAUGGAAGGGUCUCUGCUACAGCAGGACCUCAAUGCAAACUCCACCUCCUGGAUCAAACCAUAGGCCAACAGAG